AUGGGUGGAGACAUACCCCGACAUGCUGUGAACUACCUUCCCAAGACGGCAGCUCACCCAGUCGGUCAGCGUAUCAAGAAUAUCUACACCGAUCGGUUGAGACAAUUCACGGAAACGGGCCAGUAUAAAACCCAGAAUCUGAUUGCGAAGCUGUUCGAUGCCGUCAACUCUGACCAAGAUCAUGUCAAACUCGCCGUAUACUCGGUCCCUGACCUCCAGCGUGUGCCUUUCGAAGAUGCCACUUCUCACGAAUUCACUCCGACCCAUAUUGGCGCCUCCUUUGGCCCCAGUUGGUCCACGCAUUGGUUCCGGAUCCAUUUGACCGUCCCAGAGAAUAUGCGUCAAAAGGAACGUCUGGAGUUCCAUUGGGAUGCCAACAAUGAGGGCUUGGUAUGGACAGAGGAUGGUCGGCCAUUGCAGGGCCUGACGGGAGGACAGGAGCGCAUUGAGUGGGUCAUCCCCGAUGCCUGGCGUGAUGGGAACGAACAUACCUUUUAUAUCGAGAUGGCUUGUAACGGCAUGUUCGGCAACGCUCCCGGUGGCGAUUCGAUUCAGCCUCCGGCACCAGAUAAGUAUUAUACGCUUCAAACGGCGCAGAUCACUGCCGUGAACGUCGAGGCGCGGGCGUUGUUCUAUGAUUUUUGGAUUAUUGGAGAUGCUGCGAGGGAGUUUCCUGGUGAUUCGUGGGAAUCACACGAAGCUAACGUGGUUGCCAAUGCUAUCAUGGAUGCUUUUAUUGCGGGAGAUGGGAGCAAUGAAGCCAUCAAAAAGGGCCGCGAGAUCGCUAAGCGAUAUCUUGGCGAUGACAUCGAUUCAUCUGAAGUCUACGAUAGUGAAGAGAAGCCGAUCGUCUACGCGAUCGGUCACUGUCAUAUCGAUACGUGCUGGCUAUGGCCGUGGGAUGAAACGAAGCGCAAAGUGGCGCGGUCCUGGUCGAACCAAUGUGACUUGAUGGACCGAUACCCGGAACAUCGCUUCACAUGCUCCCAGGCACAGCAGUUCAAAUGGCUGGAGCAAUACUAUCCAACGGUAUUUGACCGCGUGAAAGGAUGGGUCAAGAAAGGGCACUUCCAACCCAUUGGCGGAAGCUGGGUGGAACACGAUACCAAUAUGCCCAGCGGAGAAUCGCUGGUGAGGCAGUUUCUUUACGGGCAACGAUUUUUCGAGAGCCAUUUCGGGGUGCGUUGCACGACGUUCUGGCUUCCGGACACAUUUGGAUACUCCACCCAAAUCCCUCAGAUCUGUCGGCUGGCGGGAAUGAGCCGCUUCUUCACACAGAAGCUCAGUUGGAACAACAUCAACAACUUCCCCCAUACGACCUUCAAGUGGGUUGCGCUGGAUGGGAGCCAGGUCAUGUGCCAUAUGCCACCAUCAGAAACAUACACGGCCGAAGCCCACUUUGGCGAUGUCAGACGUAGUGUCACUCAACACAAAUCCAUGGACCAUGAUAACACCUCGCUCCUGGUAUUUGGGAAGGGAGACGGCGGCGGAGGACCUACGUUCGAGCAUCUAGAGAAGCUCCGCCGCUGCCGUGGCCUGAGUGACAAAGUUGGUUUGCUCCCACGCGUGAAGAUGGGAGAGUCGGUGGACGACUUCUUCGCCAGACUGGAGAGGAACGCAGCCGAGGGCACCGAAUUCCCUACGUGGUACGGCGAGCUCUAUUUUGAGCUCCACCGUGGUACUUAUACCACACAGGCCAACAACAAGCGAAACAAUCGCAAGUCUGAAUUCUUGCUCCGCGAGGUCGAGUACCUGGCCACGCUUGCAUCUCUGACAAGGACCGAUGGUAGCUACGAGUACCCUAAGAAAGACAUCGACAACAUGUGGGAGGGGGUGCUGAUGUGUCAGUUCCACGACUGCCUUCCAGGCAGCAGUAUUGAGAUGUGCUACGACGACUCGGACAAACUUUAUGCGGAGGUCUUUAAGACGGGCGAAAAUGCUAGAAAACAGGCCCUUGAGGCACUAGGAUGUGGUGCGAAAGGUGCAAAUAUGACCCUUCAGGCUAUCAAUACCCUUCCCUGGCGGCGUUCCGAAAUUGUCCGGAUCCCUGAUGGGUUUACUACCUCUGCUAGUCCGAAGUACGCCCUGAUCAGUGGGGAUACUGGACCUAUCGAGUUUAGUGGUGCAGUCUCUAGGCCGGUUUCUACUGUGACUGUAUCGGAGAUCAGUCCUCAUACUUUCCAGCUCAAUAAUUCCAAGCUGAGGCUAGAUGUCUACAAUGGUGUGAUAACGUCUCUGUUUGAUAUUCAAGCGGACCGUGAAGUGAUUGCCAGUGGUGGUAAGGCCGGACAGCUGGUUAUCUUCGACGACAAGCCACUGUACUGGCAAGCAUGGGAUGUGGAGGUCUACCACUUUGAGUCCAGGAAGGAGCUGCAGCCAGGUAUAACCAGCAUUAUUGAGAAAGAUCCGUACCGUGCCAGCGUCGUCACCAAAACCCAGAUCAGCAACAAGAGCUGGGUGAAGACGACCAUCAGCCUUGCCGCUGCUACCGAUGAUCAGCCAUCACUCGUGGAGUUCCACAGUGAGGUGGAGUGGCAUGAGGAUAUGAAAUUCCUCAAGGUUGAGUUCCCUGUUGACAUUACCAAUACGGAGGCGUCCUAUGAGACUCAGUAUGGAAUCAUCAAACGUCCGACACACUACAACACGAGCUGGGACAUGGCCAAAUUUGAGGUGUGCUGCCAUAAAUGGGCCGACCUGUCAGAGAACGGAUACGGAGUGUCCAUCCUGAACGAUUCCAAAUACGGCUUUGCAACAUGCGGCAACCUGAUGCGUCUCUCUCUUCUCCGAGCGCCAAAGGCACCGGAUGCCCAUGCCGAUAUGGGUCGUCAUCACAUCCGCUACGCAAUCUUACCGCACGCUGGCCCUCUUGACGCGCGCAUCAUCCGGGCAGGAUAUAAUUUCAACCACCCGCUGGUCAUCGAGAAAUCCGCGAGCCCAAAGAGCACGGACGUAUUUUCAUCGAUCUCCCUCACCGGCUCCCCCUCUCUCAUUCUGGAUGCUGUAAAGCGUGGCGAGGAUGACGAGGAUGUAUCCCGGGAUAACCUACCGCGACGACGUGGCAAGAGCAUUAUCCUGCGCAUCUACGAGUCUCUCGGUGGCAAAAGCCGCGGCACCAUACACACCAGAUUCCCCGUUAAGGAGGUUUGGAAGUGUAACGUAUUAGAGGAUGACGAAGUAGCGCUGUCGAUGUCUAAGACGAGCGUUAAUAUUGAGCUGAGGGCGUAUGAGGUAGCCACCUAUCGUUUACAGCUGUAG